AUGCCCCUUCCCGGAGGCACCGUUGAGGCGAGCAGAGCCCAGCGCAUCGAGCGUCACCAAGCCCGCUACCGGGAUCGAGGCGGCCGCUCCACGUCGCCCAUGCGCAAGCGUCCGAAGUCACAGGCGGGCGUAUCACAACACCCUAUGCUGAUUGAAAAGAGCGACCUUGGCACAGCAGAUGCGAAGAGGCGUAGAUCGAAGGGUCCGAGCGUCGCUCGCCACGCGGAGGAUUCUGAGAAUGCCGAUGGUCAUUCGCCUAUCCCAGGUCCCUCGAAGCCUUCCGCACCAGCUACGACGCGCAAACGCCGUGCAACCCUAGCGGGCAAGAAAGCCACUAGUCUGAAGCCAGCCAUUGUCGUCGCAGCAGAUACAGAGCUACCACAACCCCUCGCAAUUGAUUCCUCCCGACCAGCUCCCGCUAGAGCGAAGAAGGCGUCAACCAAAGGAAAGGCCAGCAAGGCAGCCCAACGUGCUGCUAAGGAUGACCCGCCUCAACCCACGCGAUCUGCGAAGCGCAAGACUCCUAUCGUUCGCCCUACGUCCCCGCAUACGGCCGACGUCUCAAGCGACGACGAACCGCUCACCCUCCUGUCUGAGAAAGCCCGGAAAACGUCAGCCGGCACAAAGCUCUCUUCGCGUGGCGCUUCGACUAGCAAAGUCGUAGAUGGGCUCGACUCCAGCGACGUGAAGACUACUGCAAGGCGGAACAAAUCUUCUCAGGCGAAUGCCAAGACGAAGGCGAAGGCGGCACCACCAGAUGUCAAGUCAGAAGAUCCACCUCUCUUCAAGAAACCUGCCAAGGGUAAGCGGAAAGCCGAGCCUGUGGAUGAAGCCGAGGUUUCCGAAGAACCAUGUGAACGCGCGCAUACUGACGGUGGAAGGGUGAUCAAGCGGACGAAAAGGAACGGCAAGGUUACUAAGCCCUCCACGGACUCGAUACCAGUCUCUGAGGACGAAAUACAACCUCUGACGCAUAAUGAAUCUGGACCACACAAACGCGGUUUUCAGCCGGAGCCAAACGAACCUGCUCAUAGUCUGUCGCCAGAGCCUGCAUUAGCAGAUCGACCUGCCCGUAAACGUCUCAAAGCACAAAAAGCGGGCACAGGUCAGCAGAAGAUCGCUCCCAACGAUGAAACAAAAGGCCAGGACCACGAUCGUCGCCCGUCCACUGUAGAAAAUGUCAAAGCAACGCGCAAGGUCUCGCGUGUGAAAGCCCCGUGA